ACUAACAGUAGUUCAUAUUGCCGGACGUAUCACGUAUCAUAUCAUUGUAUUGGUCCGAUAUAAAUAAAAAAUAUAGUUAGCCUACGUGGGAAUUUUACAUACAAAUAUUAGUAUAUUAGGAGAAAGUCAAAUUUUGCUUCAACAAUCUUUCAAAGAGUGGUAACAUAACUUAUCAUCGCUGCUGUAUUAUGACGUCUGGAAAGAAGGAAUCUGAAAGUGUUUGUUGUGGGUCGGAGCGAUGUCCCUGCCCUAGCCGGUGGCCUAAGCACUUCGCAAGUAUUGGUGCAUUUGUCUCCUGUAUGUGUGCAGUCAGUUUUGCUGAUGCGUUUUUCCUCGGAUCUAUAUCCAGUAGUAUCACCACACUAGAGACACGCUAUAAUCUCUCUAUAUCUAAGAUUGCGUUAAUAGGAACGGUGUACAAUAUAGGUGCCUUAGCUGUACAGUUAUUUGUGGUGUAUUUCGGCGGCAAACGAUCUAGGAACAGACCACGAUGGAUUGGUGUUGGACUUUUGUUUAUAGCACUUGCAACUAUUAUAAUGUUUUUACCACAGUUCAUUUAUGGAGAGUACAAAUACGAGUUCCAUACGAAUUCAACGGGAAACCUAUGCCGUUUGAACAACACCGAUUACGAAGAAUGUUCGGCAGAAGAGCAGGGACAGAAUGAAGACAACGAGAGGACCUAUGCGUUUCUUGCUGUUGGAGCUGCUAUAGCAGGGGCAGCCUGGACUCCAGUUAAACCACUAGGAUUCUCAUAUAUUGACGAUAACACUAAUAGUGGAAAUUCAGCGUUUUAUAUAGGUAUUGUCAACAGUAUGUAUGGUGUAGGGUCAAUACUUUCGUUCGUUGUUUCGUCGUUUUUCAUCAAACUGUGGGUAGACUUUUAUCGCGUCGACACAGCAACUAUCCCCCUGACAACGGACGAUGACCAAUGGGCCGGCGCGUGGUGGCUUGGCAUCAUCAUUACUGGCUUCAUCAUCUUUGUAUCAGCUUGGCCAUUCUUUGGCUUUCCAAAUCAACUGCUCGAAAGACCACCCAAAAAGAUGGAAGAAAAAGAGUCAGACACAACCAAUAAAUGUGGUUUACCGCGAUCAGCUUGGCGAUUGUUUAGAAAUUUACCUUUCAUGACGGUAAACCUUGGUUUUGUGACUACAAUAGCAAUUGUCUUCGGAAUAACUAGUUUCAUUCCAAAAUAUUUUGAAACGCAGUUUGGACUCUCUACUGCAACCGCAAAUCUUCUUACUGGUUUAGUUCCGGUACCAGCGUUCGGAUUGGGACAACUGGUAGGUGGUUACUUGAUCAAGAAAACCAGAGCUGGAAUUACCGAGUCAGCAAAAGUGUUGUUCAUUACUAGCGUUAUCACGUUAACUGGCCUUCUAAUAAUGCUCGGUCUGGGGUGCAGUAGCGGGCCGAUAGCUGGGAUAACAGCGUCUUACGAUCAGCAUAGUGAUAGCCUUAAGCUGCUUUCCGAAUGCAAUGCAGACUGUAGCUGUCCAGAAAUUUAUGAUCCUGUUUGUGGAGAUGACGGGCUCACUUACUUUUCACCCUGCCACGCUGGCUGUGCCGAUGAGACAAACCAGGGAUUGAAGUCUUGCGCCUGCGUCCAGUCAGAAGAAGCAUUUUCCUCUCCGUGUAGCAUAACCUGCAAUACACUUGCACCAUUUGUGGUACUUCUGUUCGUUAUAGCGUGCACUAACAGCAUGGAGGAAAUACCACAAACCAUGGUAACGUUGAGAUCGGUAGACGAAGAUGAUAAAGCCAUGGCCAUUGGCAUGCGAGAAAUAUUCAUGCGUCUAUUAGGAAUGAUUCCAGCACCGCUUUUAUUUGGGGCUGCAAUCGACUCAAGUUGUAUUUUCUGGGAAGAAACUUGCGGAGAUAGCGGCUCUUGUUUAAUUUACAACUUAAAGGAUUUCAGACUAGCUUUCUUUGGUGUGAUAGUGGCGCUGAAAGCAAUCAGUGUACUCUGCAAUUUAAUAUGCUGGCGCCAUCUCGUAGGUGGACAGUCAACACAACAGAUAGAGGACGAAAAUACGUUGAAAAUACAUUUAGAACCCGAUAAAAAGAAGCGAGUAACGUGGAACAAGAAUUCACUGGCAUUGGUUAACUAUGGUUUUGAUGACGCUGCAUCCGCAAACGGAGACGUUGUGAAACUUUCAUCCAUGUUAGUAAAUGAUGUCAGUGGUGUACCGAACGGAAUAAAUCAAGCAAAUGAUCAUACCGAACCUAUACCAAUAACGCCUAUCUGGAUUGACAACGUACAUGUAGUGACGGCAGUAAAACAAGAUGAAGUCAAAGUAAUCAGUGAGUUCAAACCAGUCUCUUUGCCAGAGCCAGACCCCCCUGUUACAGAAGAUGUCGUUAAAGUUGUGCACACUAGUGCUGUUGCAAGCCCAGCCAAACUGAAAUGGCUAAUGCCAGUUAAAGGUAGCACUACCAGUCUCAACCAUACCUCUGACCUGGAAACUCUCGACGAAUUACCAUCGACGUCUGAGGACGCAAUUGGAACACAAAAUUCUGCAGCGAACAAAAUGCCACAUAAUCUUAAAUGGACGACGGUUGAUGAGGGCACACUUACAUCUAAAAGUACAAGAGGUCGGUCUGCAUCGGUACCGUCUGAGAAAACGGUGUCUAUUUCAGAUAGACACCCUAUUCCUCGCCCAAGAUCUUUUCACAGAAAAACCGCUAAUACUCAAUGUACCGGAGAGCUUGCACACCUAGACGAUGGAAAAACAUUACCGUCUGACGAUAGUAGCCGAUUGAGAACCUACUAUGAUGCCAGUGAACCUGAUAGUAGAACAGAACCGAAUGGAUGGGCUGUGACACCAACAGACUUAGUGACUCAACCUGUCAAAAGCACAAUGCCAACAUAUGCAACUGUAAAAAGAACAAAACCAUCAAGUUGGUCCCCUUAUAGGCCUAACAGAUCUCAAUCACUGCCUCAUACAGCGAUAAUAGAAACGUUACCAUACGAUUUACAAGUACACCAUGAUGCAUCAAUCUACGCUACAAUCGAUGACAUGUCUGGCAGUAGACCAACUAUGCGAUCUUACCCCAGCGAAACUAGAUUACCCGACCCAGACGUCUUCACUGAAAUUGUCUCGACUAAACAUCCAAUGGGGAAGCGGAAACCCAUGAGUUUCACGGAACUCACAUCAAUAUCCAGUUCAAAGCGACCAUCUCUGGUAGACACUGUGCAUCCAAUGAAAGAUCCAUCGGUAAUUUCAGGCAUUAAAACAAAUGGAAUAUUGAAGCAAAACGGGUUCAUGACAACAAACAGACGAGCCAGUGCACCGGUAUCACCUCCAAGAGAUGAGUGCCCGGCUGCAAUUUAUAUUUGAAGCUAUUUUUAAGCGUACAUAUUACACAUAUUGUAUCAAUAGGUUUUCUUUGAACAAUUGGCUAAAUUAUUGUUGUAGUCAACAUAACUCUUUUCUAAAUAUAUAAAUUAUAAAUAUAAUAUAUGUAUAUAUAACAUAUAU